GAAAUACACAUUUUCUUCGUGUUAACUUUUGACCGGGCGUUUUUAAGACACUUUAGCUAACCAAUACUAUUUAACGGGAUUAUUUUGCAAUAUUCAUAAAAUAAAAAAAUACGAAGUUUUAGCGCUCCUCUUAAUUUAAACAUAUAGGACAUCUGGAUGUUAGAAACAUGUUUGCUAAUAUGAUACGAGCAAGCUAACAAGCUAACAAGCUAGCAGAGGUAACGGUGUUUUGGGUUUACUGAUAUUAAAUAGUCCGCAGCUGGCGGACUUGGCUAGUCUGAUGCUAACAAGCUAACAAGCUAACGGUCACCAGUUUGUCAACGGCUGAAGACUUUCUGGAAACGUAAACAGGAAUAAGUGAAGAGAUAUGGAAAGUACCUGGGAUGUAAUUUCGAGCACUGGUGUUUCGGGUUAUUUACAACUAGAUACCCAUAGUCUAGGGUUAGCCUGUUUUCUCCGCGGAAAGACGACGUGUGCUCCGUCCAGCUGCCUCAAACAGGGGCGUCGGUGAUGCUGUCGACCGUUGGUCAAAUGCCCCGGUUCUCCGAAUUGGGACAAAGCAUUAAAACUUCGUUAUAAACCAUGAAAAGCUGCGAGUAUCAACAAAUCGACCCCCGGGCACUUCCGACGCCAACCCCAAUCCCGACACCCCAUCACGGACACGACAGUGACAAGAAAGAGGAGCCGAAAACACCGAGGAGAAAGUGGCGAGUGUUCCCCGGAAAGAACCGUUUCUACUGCGAUGGACGGAUCAUAGUGGCCCGGCAGAGUGGGGUCCUGCCCCUCACCCUGGGCCUUAUUCUCAUCACAAGUGGAUUAUUCUUUAUAUUUGACUGUCCCUUCCUGGUCAAACACCUGACGAGCUGCAUACCUGUGAUUGGAGGAGGCCUCUUUGUAUUUGUGGUCAUCACAUUGCUCCAGACCAGCCUCACUGACCCCGGCAUCCUUCCCAGAGCAACACCUGAUGAGGCUGCAGACAUUGAGAAACAGAUCGACAACACUGGAAACACCAGCUACCGACCGCCGCCGCGCACCAAGGAGGUGGUCAUCAACCAGCAGGUGGUGAAGCUCAAGUACUGCUUCACCUGCAAGAUGUUCCGGCCCCCGCGCACCUCCCACUGCAGCCUCUGUGACAACUGUGUGGAGCGCUUCGACCACCACUGCCCGUGGGUGGGCAACUGUGUGGGAAAACGCAACUACCGUUUCUUCUACACCUUCAUCGUGUCGCUCUCCUUCCUGACGGCGUUCAUCUUCGGCUGUGUGACCACACAUCUGGCUCUGAGGGCUCAAGGUGGGAAGGGUCUGGUGUUUGCUCUGCAGGAGAGUCCAGGCAGUGCGGUGGAGCUGGUGAUAUGUUUCUUCUCCGUCUGGUCCAUCUUGGGCCUCUCGGGCUUCCAUACGUACCUGGUGGCUUCUAACCUGACCACCAAUGAAGACAUUAAAGGCUCGUGGUCGGGGAAGAGUGGAGAACAUGUCACCAACCCUUACAGUCAAAGAAACAUCUUCAUCAACUGUUGCUCGGUGCUCUGUGGACCCAUGCCCCCCAGCUUGAUCGACAGACGAGGCUUCCUGCCCGCAGAAGAAUCUGUCCAGACAGCCGGCGCGGACAUCGAGCUGCCCGCUCUGGCCACUAAAAGCGAGAUAAACGUGUGCACGCAGGGAACUAAAGGUCUGCUGGAGUCGGCCACUCUCCCUCCUCUCCUGUCCACCUCGUGUCCUCAGGGGAAACCUCCCGCAGCUCACAGCUGCCCAGACAGCAGCCCCGCGGUGAACUCUGACCCCUCGCCGGAGCUGUCCACGAGCUGCGGCGGCACCCGCCAUACCUCCAGCUCCCGAGGCGACGCCUCUCCGCCACGUCACACCAAGACUCGUUCAAAGAAAAGCAAACGAGCAGCUUUGCAUAUUCCCAACCCGUCCUUCGAUGUCCCGGUCUCCCCCACCUCCCCGGACGCUGCCCCCACCUCCCCGGACGCUGGCCCCAGCUCCAAAGCCAGGGGACACAAAGGUGCCAGCUUCACCCAUUUGCACUGAAACGACGGCUCACGUGAACACACACAUUGUUUGAAGCUUGCAUGCUGUAACAGUCAGAUAACAGUGAGUUGGUUCUCUGAGAGCUCGGGGGGGGGGGGGGGUGUAGUCAGGAGGACAGACACAGAUGGAAACACUAGACCGGAUGUGUCCUGGCUGUAGAAGGUGGUGUACUGAUGGAGCCAUAUGCCUUUCUGAUGAUGCUCAUGUAAAACAUGAAUGUUACCAGCAUGUCAGAUCCAUAAAGUGUUGUGAAAUAGUGACUUUGAUGUAUCAGGUGGUCUUAAAAGGAAAGUCCGUCGCAAAUAUAGAAUUCACAUGUCAUUUCUAUAAGUGCAGCUCAGCUUGGAGCUCCUCCAGAAGCUGAGCAGCAGAGAGGCGGGUGGUGCGGGAGCAGUCAUCUCCUUUAGAUGCACCGAUGGGUGACGAGUUAAAGUGCAUACAGUGAAUGUUUGUGUCCCUGCAGCAGCUGGACAGCACGGUUGCAUGAUCACAUACAAAGUCGAUGCAGAAACUCCUCAAAUUAAACAAAUUACACGAAUAUGCAAGUUACAUUUUUUUUAAACUCAAGUGAGAAAUUCCCGCUACGCAAUAAUACUGAGUUUAAAUCUAGUUUUUAAAGAGACACUAUGUAGAUGUUUGUGUGUCGCUGGUGGGAUUUAUGCCUCAUUGAGAUGACGUGCUGAUGGAGCUACACUGUUAGCGUAGCCCUGAUUGAGCCAAACUCCAUUCAGAAAACGACCAUUUUAAAAGUAGUUUGCUUGUCGUCCUGCGGACAGACCUGACUGAGCUUCAAUUCAGAUUAUCUACAGAUCGACAUCAUGACGCUGUUAAUUCGGCAUCAUUUUAAUCCAUUUAUUGCAAUAACAUCUCAACAAAAUCUGUUUAUUUCGGGUUCAUACCGCUGUGAGAACGUUUCUCCAACCUCUCCAAGUUGUGUUGAGAUCGAGUGACUACACAGUAUAAGAUUCACAUCACUUUUAAACCUCUGCAUUUGUUGUUUCUACACAUUUAUUUAGGUUUUAAUUUGUCGCCCAUCUGUUAUAUCGUAAACAAAAGGUAACCAGGUCCAUUGACUUCAGUCAUUUAUUCCCCAAAUAUGGUCAUGUGAUGCAAUUAUCACACCUUUCUUUGUUUACUCUCCAACAUUUGGAUAUUGCACAUGUGAAUUCUGUUUGUGUGGAUUUCCCCUUUAUGGUUGUACGAGCAGCAGCCGUGUGUAGAAGUUGUAUCGAUGUGUACAGAUUUGUAUGCUGUAUAAAUGGCAGUAAAUGCAACUGCAUGAUGAUGACUUAUUUUAUCCAAACGUCACUUUAUAGACCUGAGAGAUCCGACACCACUGUUUGUGGAGAAGCUCCUGGACGUAGUUGCGUACCUGAGCUGAAGCAGUGUCACCUGUGCACCACCUGCGUUAUCAUCAUUAUCACACGAUUUAAAGCUUCCACUUCCUGCAACACCUGUUCUCUGCUCCUUAAAACUGUUUUACUUUGAUACAUCUAAGAUUGUCAAACGGUGGGAGUGUGGAAGCCCAUAGAGGACUUUAUUAACAUGAUAAUGUAAACACAAGGAGGGUCUUCAGUUAGGACGUCGAUCUGUAGACGGGACACCAAAGGUCACCUGGGACCCGACUUUCUCCGCAGGUCAGUUGGUGAACGAGGAAGUGACGUCCUACCUGAAGACCCGCCUCGAUGAGAUGACUGACAGAUUGCAUUUUCAUUUACCAAAAGAGUGAGCUGACAUGUAAAUGCAAAAGACUGGUGUGAUAUUACAUUUUCAAGUUUACAUUAUUAUUUAAAGAAAAGUCCCCUCUGGGCUUCCAUAGUGUGUGUUGGUUUGUUCUCAAGUGGAAAUCUGUAGGUUUAGUUAUUCAACUGUGACAAUCACCUCCACACACACACACACACACACACACACACACACACACACACACACACACACACACACACACACACACACACACACACACACACACACACACACACACACACACACACACACCUUCUGGAUGAGAGAAACGUUGCGAACUGUAAAGUUAUUUAUGAAAAUGCUCCUGUUGAAGAAAAAUAAAGUUCAGUGAAAUAUAA